AUGAGCCGCCCGGGCAUGGCCGCCCCCACCCAGACCCGCAUCCGCACCGACCGGUUCGCCGACAGCUACACCCUGCUGGGCCGGGAGCUGGGCAGGGGCAAGUUCGCGGUGGUGAAGAAGUGCCUGGAGAAGGCCACGGGCCGGGAGUUCGCAGCCAAGUUCCUGCGGAAGCGGCGCAAGGGCGAGGACUGCCGGCUCGACAUCAUCAACGAGAUCGCCGUGCUGGAGCUGGCCGCCCGCAGCCCCCACGUGGUGGAUCUGCACGAGGUCUACGAGACGCCCGCCGAGAUCGUGCUGGUGCUGGAGUGCGCGGCCGGCGGGGAGAUCUUCCAGCAGUGCGUGGCGGAGCAGGACGAGGCCUUCACCGAGCAGGACGUGAUCCGGCUGGUGCGGCAGAUCCUGCGCGGCGUCGCCUACCUGCACCAGCACAACGUCGUCCACCUGGACCUGAAGCCCCAGAACAUCCUCCUGACCAGCAGCAGGCCCCUGGGCGACAUCCGCAUCGUGGACUUCGGGCUGUCGCGCCGGGUGGACGCCCUGCGGGAGGUGCGCGAGAUUCUGGGCACGCCGGAGUACGUGGCUCCCGAGGUCCUGAGCUACGAGCCCAUCAGCACGGCCACCGACAUGUGGAGCGUCGGGGUGCUGACCUACGUCAUGCUGACGGGCGAGUCGCCGUUCCUGGGCGACACCAAACAGGAGACCUUCCUGAACAUCUCGCAGGUGAACGUGCAGUUCCCGCACGACGUCUUCCAGGGCAUCUCGGACCAGGCCAUCGACUUCAUCCGCUCCCUGCUCGUCAAGAACCCCAGGAAGCGGGCCAAGGCCGAGCAGUGCCUGCAGCACCCCUGGCUGGCCCCAACCCCGGCGCUGGAGCUGGCAUCCCCAGUGCGGGCUGAGCCGGAGCAGGCCCCGGCGAGUGAGGGCGGCAGUGGCCCCGAGGAGGACGAGGAGCUGGUGCUGGUGGCCUCUUACACGAUGCCCUGCCCCUGUCGCCAGCUGGGGGGCCUGGAAGUGCGGGAGACGGAGCUGGCUGGGGCGCGGAAGCCGUUCCCAGCCCUGCAGGAGAUCGCCCAGGAGCUGGUGUUCUGA